GGCCGACUACUGGAAAUCACAACCAAAGAAAUUCUGUGACUACUGCAAGUGCUGGAUAGCAGACAACAGGCCUAGUGUUGAAUUUCAUGAGAGAGGGAAGAAUCACAAGGAAAAUGUGGCCAGGAGGAUCAGUGAGAUUAAACAGAAAAGCUUGGAUAAGGCAAAGGAAGAAGAAAAGGCAUCCAAGGAGUUUGCUGCGAUGGAGGCAGCUGCCCUGAAGGCAUACCAAGAGGAUCUGAAACGCCUUGGCUUAGAGUCAGACAUUCCAGAGCCGAGUAUAUCACCAGUGACAAGCACUGUCCAGCCCACUUCUACAUCAGAUCAACCAAAAGAGAAGAAAAAGAAAAAGGAAAAGAAGAAGAAAGACCCUUCCAAGGGUAGAUGGGUAGAAGGUGUAACGGCUGAUGGCCACUGUUACUACUAUGACCUCAUCACAGGAGCAUCUCAGUGGGAGAAGCCAGAAGGAUUUCAAGGGAACUUAAAAAAGACAGCAGCAAAGGCUGUUUGGGUGGAGGGUUUAAGUGAAGACGGUUACACCUAUUAUUAUAAUACAGAAACAGGAGAAUCCAAAUGGGAAAAGCCAGAUGAUUUCAUUCCACACACUGGUGAUGUGCCUUCUAGUAAGGACAAGGAAAAGUCACCUGAGUCCCUAGAAGAAUCCAAGUCAUCAGAUUCUCACAGCGACUCUGAUGGCGAACAGAAGAAACCAGGAGAGGCUUCUGCAGAAACAAAGAAACUGGUAAUCAAGUUUAAGGAAAAAAAUAAAAGUACUGAGAAAAGAACUGACCCAGAAAUACAAAAAGAAAAAAGUACCCCAAAACAGAAUCCAUCAACCACAAAUGAAGAAAAAUCCAAACCUCUUAAGAAACUGACGAACCCUUAUGGAGAAUGGCAAGAAAUUAAACAAGAGGCGGAGUCUCAGGAAGAGGUCGACUUGGAACUUCCAAGCACUGAAAGUGAAUAUCUGUCAGCUCCAGAAGCUGCUGCUGGAGAAAUCAAAGUGGUAUUUAAAGAAAAAACUGUCUCUUCUCUGGGAGUUGCAGCAGAUGGGGUGGCUCCAGUCUUCAAAAAGAGAAAAAUUGAAAAUGGGAGAUCUCGGAAUUUAAGACAGCGAGGUGAUGAUGAAUGACUGGGAAGCCUUUCCGUUGACUGCUUUGGACAGGGACGUGCCCUUUCCAGGCUUCUCUGUGUUUGGGUACUGUAUAUACUGCUGCAGUUUACAUUUAUGCUAAAUGUAUCUUAUGGGAAUCAAAUAAAUCUUUCUUCAUGUGAAAUUUAUUUUUGUUCCUCAAACGAAGCCUACCACAUUGCAUUGUAAUACAGUGUAUUAUGUUCAAUGUCUAAAAUUGCUAAUUAUAUGAUAAUUUAAGAUGCUAUGUAUCUGUUAUUUAAAACAUGGGGAAGACCCUUGCUCUGUUCUUACUCGUAUGAGCAUACUUGUCCUGCAUUGAAAAUGCAUUAUUUCCACACACUGAAAUUAACCUGUUAGCUGAGAAAAAAGAAUCAGACACAGAAAUGCACAGCCCCAUUGCAGUUUGGUUUUGAUGGUCCUUAUUGAAGCCUGGAUGUAGAAAAGUUUGCAUAUCAUCUGUCUUAAUCAAUUUAAAACCAAAGACACUGAAGUGCAGAGCUACAACUGGACCAAUGGUAGAAACCAGCAGUUGCCCCAGGCCAGCUUAUGGCAGCAAAGUGUAAAAAGUGUUCACUUGGGGCCAAGCGUCAGAGAACUAGAGAUAGGAGCGCAGUGUCUGUUCUUCACAUUCUACAACAGUCCUUUCCCAGACAGGCCUCCUUUUCAUAGCCCUGGAUCCCUUGGAAGGUCAACCUAAGGUAAUGGAAACAAAAGGCUUGAACUAAAACAGGUUUCAUGGUUCACUUAGAUGUUUCCCAUUUUCUGGUUACAUUUCUUAAGUAGAAAUUUCAUAUUCUAUUUAAAGUACCUCCCUUUAUCACUUUUGCAUAUUUUUAAUUAUAUUUUUCGUAAGUUGUACAAUAUGUAACUUUUGGUAGCAAAUGUUUGUCUUUUUACAAUUGCAAGUGUACAUGUGAGAAUAGCUUAUUAAAAACCAUAAAAUAAAUUAAA